AUGGAGCAUUUAGAAGAUAAUAGAAAAUGUGAUAAGUUUCUAAACUUUGGCGAGGUGGCGGUGGGUGGAUCGAGUAAGAGAGCCGUUUCCGUUCUAAACAAUAGUGACGCGUACAUCGACAUUAUUUUCGAUCUACCCGAUUGCUUGCCGAUUUUUUCGAGGCCAAGAAAAAGGCUUGAACCUCAAUAUGAGCCCGGUAGUAUAUCGUCGAGUAAAUCAAAACAAAGUCCUCGACUAGGCAAGAAAGACGGUCAGCUUGUGACCAUUGUGCCGAAGAAAUUUACCAGGGUCCCACCUCAUCAGACUACCCAGUUUAUUUCCACUUACACACCAACCGAACGUAUGAAAGCGUUUUCGGGAAAAAUCGCCUAUCAAGUCCAGGAUAUUGUUGAAACUUUGUGCACGUUUAAAGGCUCUUGUGUUGGUCCCGACUAUACGCUGGACAAGAGCAUCAUUCCGUUCGGUUGUGUUAUAUUGGGCUACAGCAAUAAGCAGAAGGCCAUGUUAAAUAAUGUAGGGGACGUUGGUGGGGCUUUCAAAUGGACAUUUGAGAAGUAUCACCCUUGCUUUACAAUCACUCCCGAACAUGGUUUCGUUUCGCCUGGUACCAGUGCAGUUUUUACCGUACAGUUUAAGCCAUCAACUUUGGGAAGCGUAUUCGAGGCAAAAAUCAAAUGCAUUAUCGGUGGAUACAAGAAAUCCUUAGAGAUGCAAUUGUCGGGAUCGUGCAUAGGAAUGCCACCCGCUGUUGAACGAAUAGAGUUUGAGUGCCCUGUCCGUAGCUCGACUAAGCGUUUUAUUAACAUCGAAAAUCCCUCUGCUCAAACUUGGAGAGUAGCAACAACAAUAGAAGGUCAAUACUUUAUAUCCAAAAAUGUUUACGUAGUAAAACCAAAGUCAGUAUUGCCAUGUGAGGUUUCAUACUCUCCCUUAACCAUGACUGGGAAAAAACCACAUCGGGCGACCAUUUUCUUCGCUUAUCCCGAAGGACUAGGAGUACUAUACGAAUUAAGUGGACGAACCACGCCUCCGCUGGUAGUUGACAGAAUACAAAGAGAAAUUACGUGCAAGACGUUGUAUAAAGAAACAUUAAUUGUUAAAAAUUGGCAAAAACGUCCGCAAUCAUUUGAGGUUAUAACCGAAAAUUCGAGCCCAAGUCCCAUUUUGUACAAGUUGGAAGGCAAUCCCAGCAUUGAAGUAUUGGGUCAGAGUGAGAGGCCGUACACAUGGUCGAUCUAUGUGUUAAAAGAAGGGACAUUACAUUUGAAGGUUAUGUUCAGGAACAAGGAAACAAAAGAGUAUCUGUACUAUGAGGUCAUAUUAAAAGUUUUGAAAAGCCCUCCCUUGGACGUUAUAACACUCAAUACUUGUGUUCGGAAAUCUCUUACCUACUCCAUUACUCUUGAAAAUCCACUUUCACGCCCUGUUACAUACACGGCUAAAAGUACGGUUCCUGAGCUGAGUUUCGUCAGCCCACAGACAGUCCCUGCCUUAUCAGAGAGUAAAUUCGUCAUCACAUUUCUGCCUUUAACGGAAGGUGAGUCAGAGGCGCACAUUGACCUCAUUUCGAGUGAUCUUGGAAUCUACCCAUACGAUUUCAAGUUAAUAACGCGUCCACCUGUUCCUGAUCAGCAGCUAUUCUUUAUCGCGAGGCUUGGACAAACCGCAACUCAAAGAGCUUCCGUGACGAACACUGCAAAAGCUACCACAACUCUGGCGGCCCAGUUCACCGAACCCACAGCAUUUUUCAUAGAAGGCAACAUAACAGUUUCUCCCCAUACUACUAAGGAAUUCCUGGUACGCUUUGAACCGUACGAAAUCGGUACUCUCAAAUCGGUUCUAACUUUACAUUCGCCCGCAACGGGAUCCUACGCGUUCACACUAACCGGAACGUGCGAACCGCCCAAGCCUCAGGGACCCUACUUCAUCAUUCCCGGCGGCUCUACGUCGGUCACGUUUAAAAAUCCUUUUCUAGACUCGACCGAUUUCCGUUUCGUAGUCGAACCGGCCAUAUUCAGCCUGAAAAAUGACUCGCAAACUGUGUAUGGAAGGUGUGAGACCAAGAUCGCCAUUAAUUUGGCGCCCUUAGAGAAUUUGGAGAUCUUGGUCGAUCGCAAGUAUUCAAUCGCCGGAAAGCUGACGAUUUAUCCUAGAGAGGAACGUGUUUCUCACAUUAAAUGGGUUUAUUAUUUACAAGGUGAUCUUAAUACUUAAAUGUUUAGCAAUAAAGAUAUAUGUGCUCAACUGCG